GGCCCCACUAUCAGCUGUUUGGCAAAAACAUAACUCGUGUAUUAAUUUUGUCCAGUUAAAACUGUGUAAAUAUUGUGAUUAUCAAAUAAAAUGCUGCUGAAACAGUUGCCACAGGCGGUACAACAGCUGCGCUGCAUUUCCUCGGCCACAACGGCGGUCACUCGGCUGCAUCGCUCUGUUUAUUGCCGGCUAUAUCCCACGGUAGUUGUUCAACCCGAUGGAUCCACGAUAAACAUACGCUAUCAUGAGCCGCGGAAGAUCAUCAAGCUUCCCCUGGAUCUGAGCACUUUAACCGAUGCGGAGCGUAAAUCCCGCCUGGAGGCCCGCAAGCCGCGAAAGAAGGUCAAGAUUAUGGAGGAAGUGGAGGACAACUUCAAUGCCAAGAAGUACAUGAAGUACAUCAAGAAAAAGUAGCAUUUAAUUGUUAAAUAAACUUGUUAUAUAAGAAGUUAAAAUCAAAAUUAAAAAUUGGACUGAAUAACAAG